AAAAAGGACUUGAGUCCAAGCAAAGAAGAGGCUUGCUUGCAGCGUCGGCAGAUGAAAAGGUACUACUGUACUAAUAAGCAAAAUAUUUACAGAAAAGGAAAAAAGAGAGAGGAAAACGGUUAAAACAGUUGACCGAACCAUCUCCUCCUCCUCCUUCACCUCCAUCGCCGGCCACCCACCCCACCAACCUUCUUCUCCAUAUUCAAGCCUACUCAAACAAAUUUAAACCCACCAAAAAUCCUUUUCUCUGCAUAUAUCUCCGAUCCCAAAAUGGACAAUGCCGCCAACAGCAUACAGGUUCGAGUCCACUCACGGCGGGGAAGCAACAUGAUCCACCCCGUUUCCAUCGAGUCUCCGUCGCCAUCACCUGCCGCUCCCGUCGUCUACAGAGAAGUUAAGCAUUUCAAGAAAUGGUUCCCGUGGCUCAUACCUUUCUUCAUAGUUGUAAACACGGUGAUGUUUAUUAUAACAAUGGCUGUCAAUAAUUGCCCCAAGAAUUCCGUCUCCUGCCUUGCUCCCUUUUUGGGGAGGCUUUCCUUUCAGCCCUUCAAGGAAAAUCCCCUUCUUGGCCCUUCCUCCUCCGCGUUGGAGAAGAUGGGGGCUCUAGAUGUGGGUAAAGUUGUACAUCAACAUCAAGGAUGGAGGCUUAUCACCUGUAUGUGGUUACAUGGCGGAGUUUUUCACUUGCUCGCCAAUAUGUUGAGUCUGUUGGUCAUUGGCAUCCGACUUGAGCGAGAAUUUGGAUUCGCGAAAAUCGGUUUGCUUUAUCUCAUUUCUGGAUUUGGUGGAAGUCUUCUAUCUGCUCUUUUCAUUCAAUCAAAUAUAUCAGUUGGUGCUUCUGGUGCUCUCUUUGGAUUGUUGGGAGGAAUGCUGUCGGAGCUUAUUACUAAUUGGAGUAUAUAUGCUAACAAGAUAGCAGCUUUGUCUACACUUAUUGUGAUUAUUGCCAUCAACCUAGCAGUAGGAAUCCUCCCACACGUCGACAACUUUGCUCAUCUUGGAGGAUUUUUGUCCGGUUUCCUUCUUGGUUUCGUGUUCUUGAUCCGCCCUCAGUAUGGUUGGGUCAGCCAGAGAUAUGCUCCAGCUGGGUCAGUGACUUCAGCCACCCCCCGAUUCAAGCCGUACCAAUGCAUCCUUUGGGUGCUUUCUUUGAUCUUUCUUAUUGUCGGGUUCACGGUGGGGCUGGUUCUGCUCCUCCGUGGUGAGGAUCUAAACGAUCACUGCUCGUGGUGCCAUUAUCUCAGCUGCGUUCCUACUUCCAGAUGGAGCUGCAACACGCAGCCUAUCUCGUGUCAAGCUGUACAAAGUGGGAACCAGUACACAUUGACAUGCUCGAACAGCAGCAAAAGCAGGACGUAUUCACUUGUUAAUCCGACUACGACUCAAAUUCAAGGACUAUGCACUCAACUUUGUCGAUAGAUUAGUUUUAUGUGAAGUUAGGGUAGAUUACUUUGCACACUGUUUGCGGUAGAUUUGGAUUCAGAUUAGUGUGAGGUUUAUAUAAGUUUGGCAGUCGUUCAUUCAUUUGUUCAUCUCAUUUUGUGUCAUGUUAUAUGAUUGAUAUCUAUCCUUUUCUCUUAAA